AACCGGUUAGACUGCUCUAUUACCAUCAGUGGUCAUGUGCUAAGAAGGUGUAGCCGGGCUUUAUUGUUAACUGACCCUGAAAGACAUCAUAGCUUGCACUUUGUUCGGUUUGGACCAGCGCGGGAAUUUCCGAUGAUGGUCACCUGCAGCUCACACAUGAGGCGCUCUGCUCUCGUAAUCCUGCUGCUCAACAGCUUCUGUGUCUUCUCUCAAAUUUCACAUGAAAUUACCUAUGUCGUGGCCUGCUCUGAUGAUGGGAGAACUGAGGCACAGUUGGAAUUUGAUGCUGAGGAGCUUUUGUAUACAGAUUUCGAGAGACACGAAGUUGUAUACACGGUGCCCCGGUAUUUUAUAUUUAACCCAAGUGAAACAUUUCAGGAUUUGAAUGUAUAUAACAAUGCACUCAAAGCCAAGAGAGCAUGUCCAGCACUUCUGUCAUACUGGACAGUAGAGGAGAAAAAUCCACCUGAAGUUAAAGACCCCCCUGAGAGCAUGCUUUACCCUGCAGAUGAAGUCGAGCUGGGAGUUGAAAACAGUCUGAUCUGCUUUGUGAAUUACUUUUAUCCACCUUCCAUCAAUGUCAGCUGGACCAAAAACGGCCAUCCAGUGUCUGAGGGGGUGUCGCUCAGUCGGUAUUUUCCCAAUAAAGAUCAAACCUUCCACCAGUUCUCAACUCUGGUGUUCACCCCGAGCGAGGGCGACAUUUACAGCUGCACCGUGGCGCACUCGGCACUGGAGACACCCCAAACAAGAAUCUGGGAAACAGAAAUAAUGAAAAGCCAUGAAAGUCCUGGACUGGAUGUUUUCUGUGCAGUGGGCCUGACUCUGGGUCUGCUGGGAGUCGCAACGGGAACAUUUUUAAUUGUCAAAGGACUUGAAAACAAAAAAAUGUCUCAAUCUUAGAGAGAUUAUAUGCAUGAAAAUCACACAAAUAAACACAACAAAACUGGGGCACAAAGUCAUGGAUCACUCAAUAAAGAAUUCAACAUUUAGGUCAGUCUAAAGG